AUGUUACUACCUUCAUUUGAUUCAUUGAGAGACAAGUUUGUAUCUUUAUUUGACAAGUAUUUUGUGGCUGGCCUAUGCAAAGUUGUUAUAUUUUCAGGGGUAGUUCUUUACUUAGCUUCAAUUUUUCUUUUCAAAGAUCUAAAUUGUUCAUCAUCUUAUGAAUCAAUUUCUCAAUUCAUUUCAUCAAAUGACACAAACCCCACAAAUCUUAGCCAUUUAGUUUUUGGCCUACUUGGCUCUGAGAAAGCAUGGCACUAUAGGAAAAAUUACAUUGAAUCAUGGUGGAGGCCAAAAUUGACAAGAGGGUACUUAUUUCUUGAUGUCGCCCCUAAAGCAAAUUUGUUACCAUGGUCCAAAAAUUCACCACCUUAUAGAGUUUCAACAAAUAUAACCAAAUUAGUCCAAGAAACUCAACAUGUUGCACCAAUUAUGGCUAGAAUGGUACAUGGAAUCAAGGAGGUUUUUAAAUUAGAAGAACAUCAAGGUGUUAGAUGGGUGGUUAUGGGGGACGACGAUUCGAUAUUUUUCUUGGAUAAUAUUGUUGAUGUUCUUGGAAAAUAUGAUCAUAACAAGUACUACUAUUUUGGGGCUCAAAGUGAGUACAUUUUGUCAAAUUUUUGGUACUCUUUUAAUCAAGGUUUUGGGGGUGCUGGGUUUAUUUUGAGUUACCCAUUGGCAAAAGCAUUGGCUGAAGAUAUGGAGAGUUGUUUAAGGAGAUAUCCAUUUUUAAGAUCUGCUGAUCUUAUUACUAUGGCUUGUAUUGUGGAUCUUGGAGUUAGUUUUUCUCCUCUUAAAGGUCUUCAUCAGGUAUGUUAA